AAAUUCCGAUCCCUAACUUGCGCCUUGCGACCGACCGCGCAACAUCAAGCUCGACCAUCAUCCAACAUAGCUCUCCCUCCAAAACCCCCAUCGUCCCUACGCCCCCCGUCCGUCCGAGCCCGAUCCGCCGGGAUAAACCACCCCCCAAACAUCACGCACCAUGUCCGAGCAGCAACCCCCCGCCGGUGACGUCGAGGAGGAGGUCCAGCCCGCCAAGUCCGCCGAGGACCGCAAAGCCGCGUCCGCCCUCGCCAGUCUCGAUGCUACCGGUGACGCCGAGGGUAGCACCCAGGUCGACGCCGAAGCCGCCCAGAAGGCCAUUCAGGGCCUGGGCGGUGCCACCGCAGCCAAGAAGGAGGUCAAGAACGUUAAGGUCGACGCUGCCGACGUUUCGCUGCUGGUCGACGAACUCGAGCUCACCAAGCCCAAGGCUACCGAACUUCUCAAGGCCAACGACGGAGAUGCGGUCAAGGCGAUGAAGGCGUAUCUGCGUUCAUGAAUGGGUCUGGCUAUUUGGUGAUUCGGCAUGAUUAUAGACGUUGGAACAAAAGAAAAAGAGAAGGUUAUGAGGUCCUUCGUGGGGACUGGAACGAGAAGCUCGAGAUGGUGUUGCCCUCGGACGAGAGUAAUGACAACAACUUCCCCAGUCGUACGGCUUUCCGCGAGAAUAUCACGAAGCUCAGAGCGGCGGUGGAUGAUCUGCCGGUCUGGUCGAGUCGUUGGCAAACUAACGUUCAUGUCAGGAGCAGGCUUUGAUGCCGCCUCGGAACCUGGCACAAACACUUAGAGAGAGCGAUAGAGCGAUAAGCAUGUUCUGAGAUAACAUCUCAAU